CCCGGCGCCGACACAAGAAUCUGGCUCGCUCGUCCGCCCUCGCUCACCACUCGCGGACGCUGCUGCCAAGGGCGACGCCUCCCCGCCCAGCGGCAAAGCGCGGACGACCUUCGGAGGUGCGGGCGAUCCCAAGGGCUCGUCCAAGGUGCUGAAGACACACCACGACGACACGUCGGACCCUUUGUCCCACGCCGACGCCACCGCCAAGAAGCGUGACAAGAAGCGCGCCGCAUCGACUGCCCUCGACAAGGCGGCGGAGGAGGAAGCCCUCGCUAAGAAGCACAACGCAUCGUCUGCCCUCGACGAGGCGACGACCGACGACGAAGCCCUCGCCGCCGGACAACGCCUCGCCGACGCCGAGCGCGAAGUACUAGAGCUCAACGCCGCAGACUCGCCACCACCGCCGCCGCCGCCCGAGUCCAGACCGGAUCCAGGUGGCCCGAUCUCGCCGCCGCCAUCGCCACCGCCGCCACCGCAAGGACAGGCGUCCGACGACGGCGAGCAGGGCACGGGCGACGACCACGGACCCGCCAUCGCCCCGGCGGACGACGGCGCCGACGCCGAUCCGGCAGACGCCGGUGCGGCCUUCCUAGACGCCCUUCCUGCGCCUCCAGAGCAUGUCGACACCACGACGGGUGAGUCCACCUCGGAGGGCGACUUCGACAUCGACGAGGGGCCCAUCUCCCAGCGCCUCAAGCGCCGAGGUGGAAGCAAGCCCCCGCCGCCUUACAGUGGCCACGACGGCGACGAAGAAUCGUCCGACGAGGACGUCGGAGGAGAGAGCGAGGAGGGGAACGUGGCGGAGCAGGCGGAGGGAUCGCAAGCCGCCAGCAGCUCCAACACCAACCCACCUCGCCAAACCUUCUCUUGCUCCAUCUGCGCCCGAGACUUCAAGACAGCCAAGUCGCUCUGCACGCACUUCAAGACGCACAACUACACGCCCGUGGACCUCGCCUCCAGUGGGCUCACCAAGUGCGAGUGCUGCGCCCAGAUUUGCUGCCUCAUCCCCAACAAACUUCCGGAUGGCUCGGGUGGCAACGGGACGAGCAUGUUCUUCAACCACCUCUCGUCUCGCAACGACCCGCUGCACAAAGCCCACAAGGAGAAGAUCACGCCGAAGGCCGAGUGCACCGACGCCAUCGCCAAGGCACUGCAGCACGCGGCGCCGGGCACACCGGGCGCCAACCUGACCCACGCUGACAACCGUGGCGUCUCGGCUGCCACUCGCACCCGGCGGCUCGCGUGGGCGCCCGCCGUCCCGGGCGCCGCUGCAUCCUCUGCUGCUGCUGUUGCCGCCCUCCGCAACGCCACCGGCGUCUCGCUCGCUUGGAACUCCCCCUCGGGGGUGGCCGACACGAUCAAUCUCAACACUACGCCCGCCGCAGACUACGAUCUCUCCAUCUGCGACAGCGUCUCGAUCGAGUGCCUCAAGCGCCUUGUGCAUGCCCAGAAAGAAAGAAAACAGACAACCCAAGGGAGGGAUGGGAGGACGGCACGCCGCCACCACACAGGGAUUUUAAAGUGUUGUGCGAGGGGGUGCGGAAAAUUCUUUUUCGUGCAUUGCUCCGGCCGCCUUUGGUUUGCUGUGUGUAUGACGGCCACCCGCCUGCUGCGCUCGUGCGUUGAGACCCUCGUGGGCAUCGUGCUCUUGCCAGCACUCCUUUUGAUUAUGUUUCCAUUCCAUCUCGUUGUCUCACCACUCAUCGCGCUCGGCCUCUGCAGCUCCGACGCUGCUGUCGGCGUGCCUCCCGCCCUCCUCGCCUGGCGUUGCCUUCCAUAUCUGAUUCUGAUGGUGCUCUUCGUCGACCUGCCAAUCGCCAUCUUAUUCUUCCCGACACAUCUGAUCGAGGGUCUCUUCCUCCGGAACCCCCUCAUCCUCGCCGUCUACAACCUCUGCCGACGCGCCUCACAGCUCCCCUACCACGUGCCGACGCUCCCCGACACCGAGUCCGGUCUUCAAGCUCGCGAACGGUCGCGCGCAAACACCAAUGACGGCGCCCGCUACAGAUGGCACGACUCCAUCUGGGCUGCCCUCGAGGGCGACGGCGACAAGGUCCGGCCGGGCGAUGUGCGGCUGAUCAGUCUGAACUGGCUCAUGGCGCUGGCAGAGCGGGGCGACGUGCUCCCGCGGCGGCAGGACCUGCCAGAGGAGGCCUUCUUAAGCUCUGCUCAGCUGAGGCGGAUCGAGAAAGGCGCAAGGCGCGGCUUUGACCUCGCCGGCUUUGCGGAAGCCUUGCAGCGCUUCGGCAAGGAGCCCUCCCCCUCAUCCUUUCUCGGCUUUAUCGCCAGCUUUUUCGGCCGCAAGCGCAACCCAGACCGGCUGCUUCCCGUCAUCUCCGUCUCCUACUGCUGGCUUGAGGCGGCGCAUCCAGACCGAGAGGGCCGCCAGCUCCAGCUGCUCUCCCGCAAGCUGCGGGGCCUCUACGGCGGGCGCGGCCUGCUCGGCGCGUGCCGCGAGUACGGCUUCUCGGACAUGGGCGUGUUUCUGGACUGGAGCUCGGGCUACCAGAAGGACCCGGCGCUAUUUGCCGAGCGGCGCGCGUAUGAGGCGAGCCGGUCGGGCGAGCAGAAGGCCGCCUUCGGUCGCAUGCUGGAGAACACGAUGGACCUCUGGUACGCGCACGCCUCGGUCACGGUCGUGCUGCUCACGCAGCUGCCAGACGAGCUGCCCGCCGGCUUUGACCGGAGCCGGACCUACGACACUCGCGGCUGGACGACAUUCGAGCGCUGCUCCGCAGAGCUGGGCGCAAAGCCCUCUACGCUGGGCUUUGCCAAGUGGAAGCUCGUCAUCGACGUCGCCAGCGGCGACGGCGGCGCUCAGCGGCGGCUCCCCGCGACUCCAGAGCGCAUGGCGACGCUGCUCGCCGCUUGCCGCUUCACCAACGGCGCGGACUCGGCGACCGUGCUGGCGCUCUACGAGAAGACGGCGAAGGCCGUGCUGGGCACGGUCGAGAAGCUCUACUACAUCGGUCUGCCGCUCGUGCGUGGCGACGCGUGGACUAGCCCGGCGCUGCUGGCGGAGGCGCUUAACUAUUGCGAGAGCCUCCGGACCCUCUUCCUAGUUGGGAAUCGCCUCGACGACGAGGGCGUGGCGGAGCUUGCGGCGGGGCUCGAGGACGGCGCGCUCCCGGCGCUUGAGUCCCUCGACGUUACGGCAAACCGUUUCGGCGCGCGCGGCGUCGGCGCGCUCUGCGGCGUGUUCCAUCGCGGCGUGGCGCCGACGCUGCAGAUGCUCGACGUCAGUAUCACGCCUAUUGGCGAUGAGGGAGCCGCGGUGUUAGCUGAGGCACUGGCGACGGGCGAGCCGUCGCAUGGGCUGGCCUUGUCGUGCUGCGACGUGGGCGACGAGGGCGCGAUGGCACUCGCGGCUUCCCUCCCGGCCGCGGGUCAGGGAUGUCGCGUGAACGCCACGUUCAAUCGGAUCGGCCUCGCGGGCCAGGCGGCACUACUGGAGGCGCUCGAGGCGAAGCACGGGCCGCAGCCGGGGCACGCGAUAGCGGGGGCGCAGAUGAACUUGCUUCCCUGGUCGUACCCGCUCGCCCUAGCCCCGCCCUCGGCGGCCGAGAGCGAGCUCGAGAUGAGCGACAACAAGAAGGGUAGAAGGCUGCCGCCCGCUCGCACAGCCUCCGGGGCGGGCUGCCUCGCGUGGACUGCCUUGGCGUCCUCUCCGCCGACGAGGGCACCGCACUGCUCCUAG